AAUCUGGUUUUGUAAUCCAUGUUCCAUAACCUUUUCUUACUAGAAUGUGGUAAGUCUACCUGGAUCCCAUUCAUCAUUAUACAAAAAAAAUAUUAAAAAAAAUAAAAAAAGGGGAAAAAAAACAUACGUUGGAUCUUUGCCAUUAAAGAUUUAUUGUUAUUAUAUUGAAUUCAAUAUCUUUUUUAUUCUUUUUCGAAGUUACUUUAUAGAAUAGUGAGCAUGCAACGUUAACAGAAAAAACAGUAUACUUGGUUUGUGGCCAUGAGAAACCCCCAUUUGGAUAUAUAGGUCAUCCAUUUAUAUUUUAUAUACGAAGGAACCACUGAACCUCCUCUCUCGCCGUCUUGUUUCUCAAAAUGUCAAAUGGUUUGGUAUGGAUGUUGCUUGCUCUGCUCUUUUUAUCAAUACUUCCAAAAUCAGUGGUAGAAGGGGAGUUUGAGCAAUGGUGCAUAGCAGACGAGCAGACACCAGAUGAAGAGUUGCAGGAAGCCAUGGAUUGGGCUUGUGGAGGAGGAGGUGCUGAUUGCAGCAAGAUUCAAUUGAACCAGCCUUGUUAUCUACCUAAUACUGUGAUAGAUCAUGCUUCUUAUGCUUUCAACAAUUACUAUCAGAAGUUUAAACAGAAAGGAGGUUCAUGCUACUUCAAGGGUGCUGCCAUGACUACAGAACUAGAUCCCAGUCAUAAUUCAUGCCACUACGAGUUUGUGCCUUGAUUCAACAAGGAAUUAUGUCCUCAUAAUAAAGUUCGAAAAAUAUAGAAUUAAUUCUCUGUACGGAGGGAAUUAAUUUAUUUAUUUUUUGAUUGAGACGGAAGGAAUUAAUUGAGUAUUCUCAUGGAUUUGUUUCUUGUAUUGCUUUUUAGAUUCAUCAAGUGUAUCAAAAUUGUUUUUUCUA